UAGAGCGGGCACAGGUCAGACGAGCUGGUCUGGGUGAAGGUGUUGUACUUGUCAAGCCUUGCUUGGAGCCAGUGCAAUUGUAAUGAUAAUAGGAGGCCAUCUGUGUGGAGGAGGAGGAACAAAAACCUGGUGGGGGUACUAACCGAGUAUACGUAUCACCUACACGGGGACUGAAACUCGGAACACUGUGCCGGGCUAGAUGUUAAGUAUGUUUCCAAUAAGUAACAUUGCAAAAAGUACUUGAGAGAUAUGACCCACUGGUUUCAUCGCAACCCUUUAAAGGCUACGGCUCCUGUCACAUUCAAUUUCUAUGGGGUAGCCAGCAGUACUGCUGCAACAAAGAUUUGCAAUGACUUAAGAUCAUCCAGGGUACGACUCUUGGAGCUAUUUACUGAUUUGAGUUGUAAUCCAGAAAUGAUAAAGAAUGCAACUGAUUUGUACUUUUCACUCUUGCAAGGCUUUAUAGUCUCACUGGAUAACUCUUCCCAAGACUGCAAGUUGCGAUAUAUUCAGAAUUUUAAGUGGACAGACACAUUACAAGGACAAGUUCCAAGUGCCCAGCAGGAUGCUGUGUUCGAACUGGUUUCCAUGGGAUUUAACGUGGCUCUAUGGUACACAAAAUAUGCAUCGAGACUGGCUGGAAAGGAAGAUAUAACAGAAGAUGAAGCAAAAGAUGUUCACAGAAGCUUGAAGAUAGCAGCUGGGAUUUUUAAACAUUUGAAGGAGAGCCAUAUCCCCAAGCUGAUUACACCUGUAGAAAAGGGAAGGGAUUUAGAAGCUCGACUUAUAGACUCCUACAUCAUCCAGUGCCAAGCUGAAGCUCAAGAAGUGACAAUUGCCCGAGCUAUUGAGCUGAAACACAAUCCUGGUCUGAUAGCUGCUCUGGCCUAUGAAACAGCCAAUUUCUACCAAAAAGCUGAUCAAAUGUUAUCCAGUUUGGAUCCAGCAUACACUAUUAAAUGGAGAAAGUACUUACACUUGAAGACGUGUUUCUAUAUGGCUUAUUCAUACUGCUACCAUGGUCAAACUUUGCUGGCCAGCGAUAAAUGUGGGGAAGCAAUCAGAUCUCUGCAGGAAUCAGAAAAAUUUUUUGUCAAGGCUGAAGCGCUAUGCAAAGAAUAUGGUGAAACCAAAGGGCCUGGGACUACUGCCAAACCCUCUGGCCACCUCUUCUUUAGGAAACUAGGAAGUCUGGUUAAGAAUACCCUAGAAAAAUGCCAGAGAGAAAAUGGAUUCAUUUACUUUCAGAAAGUGCCACCCGAGGCUCCUCAGCUGGAGCUGAAGGCGAACUAUGGCCUGGUAGAGCCCAUCCUUUUUGAAUUUCCUGCCUUGCAUGCACACUGGACCCCUGAAACACUGGCUGCAUUUGAUCUCACCAAGAGGCCAAAGGAUGACAGUGCUAAACCAAAACCAGAGGAAGAAGUGAAACCUAUGAAAGAACCAGAUAUAAAGCCUCAAAAAGACAGUGGAUGCCAGAUCUCUUAAACACCAUAAGUGCUUUGAAUUCCUUCUACAAGUUGUAUUUAAUGAACUCUGGGGCUUUCAUUUCAGAUCCCCUUUUCUAAUUCUUCUUAAUCCUAAAGUUUAAUUUUACUGAUUUAUGUUUAGUAAAAGUCUCUUAAUUGAGAAUGUGGCUGGAUUUAUAAAUGAAAUUAUUUAUAGCCGUGCGCUUUUUUUUUUUGUUUGUUUUAGUUGGGACCUCAGAAUGAGCUCAUGCUUAUAGAAAGUGUUUUAAGUUUACGUGGUGGUUCUCAGGCUAGCUUCUAUACAGAGAACAGCAUACUGAAGUUAGUAUUUCCCACCAUAGGAAAGGGUGGUAAAGUUAAGGAUAUGGUUUCUUUCCAUGAGAUUUAAUUCUUUACAUACUACUUAGUGUCAAGUGCCCAGAACAAAAGAGAUACAAAUGGAAAUUUGCCAGAAGCAAUCUUCUAGUCAUGGUUGUUCCAAAGGCUUAAAACCCUGACUCAUUCCCAUUCUCUUGUUUCUGAUAAAUAAGAAAAGUAAUUCUCAUUUGGGCUUUAUCCAUGUGAAAACUUCUAUAGUGAAGUCACUAUACUUCAGAAGCAGAAUUUCUCCAUAAUCCAAAUGCAGUUUAUAGGCAGUUGAAACAACUGGACACUCCAUUCUACUUCACUUUAAAUCAGGUUUCCCUAUACCCAAGUUCAUAGUAACCUGCUUCCGCUGAAGCUUGUUUAUUUUAUCCAACUGCUUACUUUUAAGCCUUUUAAUCUCAAACUGGGAGUCUUCUGGUGGCAUGGGAGAAUUAGGCAGCAAGUAAGUGGAAAAAAAUCUUAAAAUGAAUAUAUCAUGGUGUCAGACUUCCAGACUUUUUCCGAAUUUAAUACUGUGCAAGGUCCAGAAUGAUUGAUUGAAUUAUGGGUACUUAAAAUUCAGUGGCUUCAUAGAACUCGGAUGAAUGCAUUUAGCUGUAAUUAAUGUGCUGUAUUUUCAGUUGGGUAAUACCUGCUCUGUCAAUGGUGUCAUAAACAAUGAGUAUUGCUGGUGUUUUAGCCCAAAGGAGACCCAUCUCUAGAUCUCCUUUUUCUCAAACAUAAAUGGCAUCUUCUCCCAGCUUCUGUAAUGGCUAUCUGAAAACAGCACCUUGAUAAAGAGCAGUUGUGGAAAAAAUGAUCCCAGGCAAGACUGAGGCUGAUUGGAAGAGGGAAGUGCUCUGCAGAACUUGUUCUUUCUAUAACUUUCCCCACUGUUGAGGACUUAUGCUCUCAGACAAGUUAGUUUGCAGCCUUGGUGUCCUAUGGGCAUUCAGCAGUAAUGUGUUCAAUACAACUGUGACAACAAAAACGUCUAUUUUCAUUUGUAACUGGUCAGAAGAUUCUGGCACACACAGCUAGUCACAGUGAUCCUUGUGUGUAUGUAUGUCUUCCAGGCUUGAGCUUUGCAAGUCAUUACACCUAGGAAUGAAGCUACACACCUUGAAAAAGCCUCAGCUGAUGAUAAACACAGCAACCCAUAUGGUUAGCAUCGCAGGUUACAAGGAAAGUAUGCUCCAGUGCUCUGCUGUCUCCAUUCAGUACAGAGUCCAGUUCAAUGACUCUGUCUUGAUAUUAAAAAUUUUCUGUGGAACUGGAUGUAGCUACCUGGCAGAUCGUGACUUUCCACAACAGCUGGAGCAAAGAAGCUGCUGGCCAAUAAUAGGCAAUUUAUGAAGUUGGGGAACUGAACUGGACCAGGCAGCUCAUUGCUACAAGACAUAUGAAUGAUUGUGGUGCUAACCAGUAUGGACAGAUCAGAUGCAAAACUCUUUUCAGUUUCAUAGAAUAUCAGGGUUGGAAGGGACCUCAGGAGGUCAUCUAGUCCAACCCCCUGCUCAAAGCAGGACCAAUCCCCAAUUUUUGCCGCAGAUCCCUAAAUGGCCUCCUCAAGGAUUGAACUCACAACCCUGGGUUUAGCAGGCCAAUGCUCAAACCAGUGAGCUAUCCCUCCCCCCUUUACCUUUCUCCUAAGAAGUUCAAUACACAUGUCCCUAUAAAUUAAUCAAACUAUUUCUCCCAUGGGUUGUGAAGGACAAGAUCAUUUCUAUCUUUAACUAUUUGAGGUGUUUAGAUGUUUGGGGAGGGGGGCAGGGCUGAAAGUACCUGGAUAGAUAUUUCUCUCUCAAAACUUCUCCACUUUUCUUUUCUUUUUUUUUUUUUCUUGUUGCAUCCCAAGUUUUGAAGGAAGGGAGCUGAGUAUGUUUGGCCAAAGUUUCGCCAAGUGUUGAUUUACUGAUGAGAAACUUCUGGUCUCCUGCAUAAUUAUAGGAGCCGUUUUAGGAUCUCCCACACUGGUAGUGGUGAUGGAGUUGAAGGUGGAGGAUGGGGGUAGGAAGUAGAACAAAUAUGUGGUGGUGCCAAAAAUUCAAUUAUUUUAAAGUAUAUUCUAUCCUUACAAUUACGUGGCUUUCAUUUUACUGAAGGAUAAGCUGAUUAGCUCCAUGCUCCCAGUCCUAAAUUUGCAGUAUGUACUGUUACUCUUUUUUAUUCUUAAUAACCUGUAUGAGGCAUUUUUCUACUGACAAUUUUCUCCUCUAAUCAAAGUUAAGAUUUAAUAAAACACAGUUUUCUCUUAAUCCCUGCUGCUGACUAUUGCACAGAUUCGCCUAACUGUUUUUAGUUUCUUGCACGUGUGUUCAUGAUUUGUACCUGCUUUGGUGCAUUUGACCAUGUGUGUGCUGUAGCAUAUACAUUUUUUCCUAAAAUCCAAAUCUAUAGUUUUUGUGUAACCAUUGUCCAGAUCUUCCCCCAAAAACCUUCCAAAAGCUUAUUUUAUGAACUUGCAUAUUUACUGGCAUUUGGACCCUGGCAUUGUAUUAUCCCCUACUUUCUGGAACUAAGUGGCUUGUUUGAUUGAAAUUCACUGUAAAUGUUUGCUGGCUGUGUACAACUCAAGUGUUAGAUAGUGGCAUUACAUAAGCCAGGCUGUAACCUUGUGCUGGUCCCAGGCUGUAGCUGUUUUCAGUAACCACAAGACGAGUAGCUUUAAAAACUGAUUAAAGGAAUGAGUUUGUGCUCUUAAACUUUGUUGCUUCUCAAGACUUACUUUUGUUUACUUGUAUUUUAAAGCCUAUGGUAUGUAGUGAGUAGUCUUGCUUGUGGGCAAGGAAUAUAUGCAGUGUUAUAGCCAUGUCAGUCCUGGGAUAAUGAGACAAGGUGAGUGAGGUAAUAGUGUUUACUGGACCAUCUUCUAUUGGUGAGAGAGACAAAGCUUUUGAGCUUACACAGAGCUCUUCUUCAGAACUGGGAAAGUAAGUGUCACAAUGCUGUGACACUCUUAGUACCUUUCCCAGCCUGAAGAGCUCUGUGUAGCUUGAAAGCUUGUCUCUCUCACCAACAGAAGUUGGUCCAAUAAAAGAUCUUACCUCACCCACCUUGGCAAGGAAUAUAGACAUUUUAGUCUGAAAAUAAGUAGAGGAUGCUAUUCUGUAAUGGGUGAUCCUUUUGAGUUGUUAUGAAGCGGGGAGAUAUUGUUAAGGUAUUUAAAUAGACACUCCAUUCUUUGAGUUAACUAUUCCAUUUGCUCAAGCAUUUAGAAAGUCUAAUUGGGGGGCUUCAAUCGGUCUGCACAUACGUGUAUAUAAUACGUUUCCUUCUGCUAAGAUUUCCUUUAGUAAUUUUUUAAAAGAUAAUGUAUUUCAUAAGGUGACUUUUUAAUAUUUAUUAACAUCAGCAUUAGUAGGCCUCUGCUUUCUUACAAUGAGGACGUGGUUUUAGUGAUGGCCUCUGUGGGUGCAAUUUUACUUUUAGUUACACCCAGAAAAAAAAAUUGAUGUAAACAUCUGAUGUCUGACUCGAUACUUGUGCUCGCACUUCACAGUGGAGGCAAAAUUUGCAGCCACAAAGAAGUCGGACACUAGAGUACUAGCUGAACAUCAGGGUCUGUUUUUGUCCUUUUAAAAUAUUUAACAUGAGGGCUCAUAAUAGCUUAAUAAUUAAAGCAAGACAUGUCCUUUAAUAGGAAAAUAUUCUAAACUCGUUUAAUACACUUAUGAUGUGUCUUACUCCAUGGUCCAUGUUAUUAGGUUAAUAUGAAAUGUAAUCAUUUAGCACGUAACACUCUGUACAGCCAAAGGACUAAAUCAGGUCCUUGAAUGUGCGUGCCCAUCUCUCAUGGGCUUCUGUUGGAGUCUUGUAUGUGCAUCCAAGUACAGGAUUUCGUCCAUUUAUGUAUUUAGUAUGACUAAUUGGCUGAUAUACCAUGACAAUACAAUAUCUGUGCAUUGUCUAGGAAAGCAAGCAGACACUUGUUUAUGUACAGUAUUGUAUAGCCAACUUUGCACUUUAGAAAUCUAAUCAUUCAUUUUCAUUACUGUACAAUGUGCUUGUAAAUACGCCUUUAUUUUUGUUUCUGUUGUUUCUGUUGUACUGAUUGCUGCAGUCUGAUACUAGUGAGAUUUCAUGGGAAAACAUUAAAAUUGUAUUGUCCAUUGUAUGUAUAAAAUAAACUGUUAAUGCAA